ACUCGAUUGCUUGAACUCGCAUAGAAUUUUCUGCGCAGAUUACUAAUGUCUGUUUAAAGAUGGCGCCUUACAUGAACUGAAGGGGCAAAUGCGAUAUACAAAUUAAAGGCGAUUACUAUAUAUAAUCACAAUGGUUUUAAAAAACAUUUUUCGAUCUACAGUGUUGGGCUUACGGACAUGGAGUGUAUUUGCAGGCGCGAGGCAGGGCAAUACUGUCUUACCUGCCAUCAAGCAGCCUCAAUGCAGCUUUUUUGCGAACUGGACGUUAACCAGUAUUUGUAAACGUGAUGAAAUCCUCCUAAACCAACCAGUGAGGCAGUAUGCUCGGCCCUCUAGAAAGAAACAAGAAUUCCCAAGUCAGCUUCAGGACCUGCAUCCAUCCAUGCUGAAGCAUGAAUAUGCAUCUGUCCCACUUGCACAAUCGGUAGACGAUGUGGUGAAGAAACUGCUUACGCUGGAGCUUGCAAAUCAUAGUGAAAAACUGCGUUUGAAAGAGGAACAGCUUAUUGCCAAGGUGCGGAGGGAUGAGAACGACCGCAGCUCAACAGAAGUCAAAGUGGCGAUUUUGACAGCACGUAUUCGCAACUUCCAGGAGCACUUGCACAAGCACCCUAAGGAUAAAGCCAACAAAAGAUGGAUGCUCAUGGCCGUCGACAGGAGGAAGAAAAAGCUGAAGAUUCUGAGAAGGACUCGUUAUGAUUCCUUCGAGAAGGUGUGUCAAGAGCUUGGAAUCACAUACACGUUCCCUCCUGAAUAUUAUCGGCGGGUCACCCGACGUUGGCUGGCCAAAAAGGCCUUCUGCAAUAAGGUCUUUCAAGAAGUCCAGAAACAAAAAGCAGAGCAGAGAGAGAAACAGAGAGCAGCGGAGGCUAAGGGAAAGGAGCCAGCAUCCUCUACAGAACCACAAGGAACUGUGGCAUAGUGAUGUUCAGACAGCUGUCGAUACUUGUGUGCUGACAAGUCCAGAAGAACAACCUGAUACAUCAACAUUCAAAGAAAAAUUAAACAGAAACAUCAUGCUCCACAUCAAAUUAUCAUCAUUUAUUUUGCCUUUCAUUGAUAAAUCACUUAUUUCUCUGAAUGUUUUUUGGCUGCACCAAAU